AUGGAAAAAGUAAUGGCCACCCCACCCACGACAAGUUCACGUUUUUUCAAUGAAUUUGACUAUUUACAAUCACCCAUGACCGAUGAAUAUGAUAGUCCAUUAAUGCGUUUUGGUGGUGUACCAAACGAUUCAUCACAAAAUAUGUUGAUGUUAUUACAAUCACGAAAUAAUGGUAAUGGUAGUAAUGGAGCAAUCAAUCAUCGACAACAUCAAAUAUUUCAACAUUCCGAUAAUUCAUUUCAACAACAUCAACGUCAUCAUAAUGAUUCGUCAAUAUCUGUUGAUUUACUCUCAUCGUCAUUAGCAUCAACGUCGAUUAGUGGUGGAAGUAGUUCUGGUGGUAUAAUCGUUGGUGGUCAACGUAGUAAUGGAGGCGAUCGAGAAAGUGUAAAUAGUCUUGGCCUCGAUUCGAAUAAUAAUAAUAAAAAGUUUAUUGCCAAAAGAGCUAAUAUUGAUAUGACCGAUCAUGUUAUACAAGCAAGAUGUUUGUAUUUUAUGUUAGGUAUUAAAAUGAAAUGUAAAUUUUGUUUUGAAAAUGGUGAAGCAUUCGAAGUCUAUCGUUCUCAUAUGUUACGUAAUGGUGCUGGGACAAUAUUAUGCCCAAUAUUACGUGCUUAUGUUUGUCCGAAAUGUGGUGCUACUGGUGAUUUGGCUCAUACAUUACGUUAUUGUCCAAUGCAAACACAAUCAAUGCCAUUAUUAAGAACAUUAGAUUAG